AUUUAAACUAUGUCACAAGCAGACUCAGAAAUAUGGCUUGAAGAGUACGAAAGCAUUCGUGCUCAGCUCAUUGAGAUGUAUCUCAGUGUCAAGGUCCGACCUAGUGAAGACAUGAAAGAUUUUAAACAAGAUUCUCUUGAAUUAGAGCGUGAAUGCUUUGCUGACACUUCUGUGCAAGAUCUUAUUAACUAUAUUUAAAACCUCUAUUGAGAUCUUAAUGAAUCUCAGAAUAGAAGAAUACCUUAAACUUAAGAAGGAAGAGAAAGACAGUAAGCAGCAAAGCAAGAGCCAGGAUUCAGGAAGAGUUUCCACUGAACCUCCCCAAGAUUAUGAGGAAGUGAUUCAAAAAUUUGAAGGAGAUGUCAGAAAGCAUAUCAGGAUUGAACAGCAAAUGAAGAUUCACUCUGAUAAUCUGCAACAGAAGCUUGAAGAUAAGGAGAAGGAAUAUAAUCAACUAUAUGAUAAGAAUAAGAGAAUGAAAGAAGAUCAUCAAAGGGAAAUGAAAAUGUUGAAUUUAUUGAUAAGUAAAUAAAGAAAAAGAGCUCCAAAAUCAAAAGAAUCUUAUAGAUGUUCAAUCAAAGGAGAUCGAGGAUCUUGAAUCCCAUAAACCACAACCCAAUACUUCAAAAUCUUUUAUGGAUCGGAGGAAGAUUUUGAAUAACUCUAAACUUGAAACUCCCCAAAUGAACUCAUACACUUGUGAAACUUCUAAAUAAAAGAAGAAGCAUGAAACAAAGAACAAUCUCACAGAUGGCAGAGAACGCAGAUAAAAUGAAAUCAAAAUUAAUUAAGGUUCAAAAUACUUUUAAUACUACUACUGCAUCAACUAAUAACUUUAAGACUUCAGAAGGUUCUCUACCAAAGCAUAAGAGAUCUAAAACACAAGGGAAUGGGAUGGGGAGCAAUGAUGCUAACUCUUCCUUUAAAUCUGACAAGACUAAAGACCUUGUAGCUCAGAUGAAAAAUGAAUUUGACACUUUUUACGACAAAAAACCAUCCCGCAAGACUGUUUAUCUAAAUAAGGCCCAACUUAAAAAGCAGAAUAAGAGAUGCAGCUCUACUGGAGGAAGUAAAAUGGGAGGGAUGGCUUUCAAGAAGAAGCUUGCAGUCUUUUCAAAGAACACUAAUGCUGCUAUCUCCAUUCAGAAUAGAAAAUAUAUUCAGAAAUCUAAAUAAAGAUGCUUUAUCAAGACUUAAUAAUUCUCUGACAAAGAACCCUGGAAAUCCCAGACAAGAAUAUAUGGAUCAGAUGAAGAGAAAGCAGAGAUAUACUGCCCUUGACCAUGCAGCUAUGGAUCCAAAGAGGAUAAAGAUGUCUCAGAAAAGCAUCCAUUCAGGGAACUCGAACUCAUUCACUGGAACAUACCCUGCAAGAUAACAUUUGCUAAUCAUUUAUAAGUGUUGCGUUUACCAAUGAUACAUC